AUAAAGUGGAUCGAUCUAACUGAUGUUAUGUUUCAUUCCUUACAACCAAAGAACAAAACAAACGUGUUGGGUAGAGAGACCAAAUCAGUUUCCCAAAAUAGCAUGAAAACAUCUCUUUUUAGAAAGGAGCUGAAAAUUAUGGCACCAAUUUUACUUAAUGUUGCCAAUGAAAGUACUGAUUGUCUUGAACAUGGACUGGUACAUGUUAAAAACCCUCACUUAGAUUUCAUGGAGGAGGACAUUCUUUAUCACUUUAACCUGGGAACCAAAACUCACAAUUUGCCUGCAAUGUUUGGAGAUAUAAAGUUCGUCUGUGUUGGUGGAAGUGCCAACAGAAUGAAAGCUUUUGCCCAGUUCAUAUUCAAGGAGCUGGAGUUGAAGGGAGACUGCAAUGAUAUCGAUGACAUCUGUGCUGGGACAGACAGAUACUCCAUGUACAAAGCUGGGCCUGUGCUCUCCAUAAGUCAUGGGAUGGGGGUUCCUUCCAUCUCUAUAAUGAUGCAUGAACUUAUAAAACUUUUGCACCAUGCCAGAUGUCGGGAUGUGACGCUUAUUCGCAUUGGUACUUCAGGUGGUGUAGGUCUUGAGCCUGGGACUGUUGUAAUUACAGACACAGCAGUGGACUCUUUCUUCCAGCCUCAGUUUGAACAGGUGGUGUUGGGCAAAGUAAUUGUCAGAAGCACUCAACUAGAUGAGAACUUGGCUCAGGAGUUACUGCAAUGUGGUAAAGAGAUCCCUAACCUGCCUACUGUUCUUGGAAACACCAUGUGCACCCAUGAUUUUUACGAAGGUCAGGGGCGUUUAGAUGGAGCAUUGUGCUCAUUCUCUACUGAAGAUAAACUGGAAUACCUGAGAAAAGCACACGAGGCUGGUGUAAGAAACAUUGAAAUGGAAUCCACUGUAUUUGCAGCCAUGUGUCGUGUCUGUGGACUGAAAGCCGCCGUUAUCUGUGUGACCUUACUGGAUAGAUUUAAAGGUGACCAGAUUUCAACACCACAUGAACUUCUACUUGAAUAUCAACAGCGCCCUCAGUAUCUGGUGUCACAUUUUAUCAAGAAACAUCUUGGGCUUCAUAAUUAAUAUAUAUUUUGCUGCAUAACUGAUUGUUUACAAUGAUAUUUGUUAUGUACAUAAUUGAGUUUUCUGUAAAUAUAUGUAGAUGUUUAAUAUAUAUAUAUAUAUAUAUAUAUAUAUAUAUAUAUAUAUAUAUAUAUAUAUAUAUAUAUAUAUCUAUUCUAUGUUAACUGUAAUAUGUUUCUAUCUGAUGAUGAUUUUACUGUAUGUAUCUUUUUGUUGCAAUAAUAAAUAUUCCUGCAGAAUGUGGGAUUUAAUAAGCUAAAAUGUUUAUAACCAAGUUAAGCAUAAGGAAAAAUACAGUACACAACUAACCCAGAAGUCCUUUUCAUGAUGGUUUAAAAUGAUGAUAACCUCACAAAAUAAACAUUUCAGAUUCUUCCGGUAGUAAUGAACCUGUUGCUUAAAUGAACCUAAUGCUACCCACUUAAAUUACAUGAAAUUGGUCAAGAUUGAUAGUAAAAGCAAGUUGAGGGGUUAUAUAGAUUUUAUGAUUAACAUCUGUUUGUCCUAGAAAUAUUUAUACUGAGGAAAAUCCUAUAUUAUUUUGAGGUUUUUCAUAAUUAUUGAUAAACACCCAUUGUGCAGUCCAGCUAUAGACAUAUUUAUUUUUCAUUCUAUAAUGUUUAAAAGAAUAUAUUUGGUCAGGAAUCUAAUUAUUCUAAAACUAUAAAGUCAUUCCACAUGCACAAGGUGUAUGCCAGGGUGCAUAGCAAACAACGUCUAGAUCUUUUACUCCAGAGAAUGUGUUGGUUUGUUCAAUAUGGGAUGAAUAUCUUUAAUAACUAAUUAAAAAGUCUUACCUCUGUAAAUAAAAAAAAAA